AUGGCAACCGCAACAGCCCCCGGAGAGAACUUUGAAGUUCGCCAAACCUCUUCGACUGAGGAUUGGCACCCCGACCCUUCCAAAUCUAUCCCUCUGUCUCCCGCUCGUCAAGCACUCAUUGACGAUAUAAUUGCUCUGUAUAGCUGCGAACCUACUAUCGAGCGUGUCAAACGUUACACGCCAGAUUGCGUCUAUGAUGACCAGUUCGUGUAUGCCAAUGAUCGGUACAAGAUGGCUGGACAGUGGUUUGCGCUACCAAAGUUGUUCAAGGAUAGUAAGAACGAGGGGUAUCAGGUUGUAAGAAGUGAUGAUGAAGUGAUUCAAUUUAAGAAUGAACAGUCAUGGACCUUUAAAAUUAUCCCAAAAACUGCCACAAUAAACGCACUCGUGACUUUGUCUCUUGAUCCUGAAACCGUCCACAGCGAUUUCAUACGAGUCAAGUAUCACAAGGAUCAAGCCAAUGAUAAAGACUACAGCCAUGAAGGUGUAGGCUUUUCAUUCAAGAAAUGGCAGGCAGAUCAAGUUGCGAAACACAUGAGCAGUGACGAGGUUGCUGUUUUCAAAGAGGAUAGUACUGCUGGAAAGGAACCUGUUAGGAAGUAUGGCGAUGGUAAGGGCGAAGCUCCACUGAAAGAUUUGUGA